UCCAUUAAUUUAACUUUUGCUGAAAAAAUUCUUGAUGAUCAUAACUCGAAAAGAGUGCUUCAUGGUGCAAGUCUACUACAUUGGAACAAUACCAUUUUUAACUAUGCUGCGGCAUAUGCAGCAAAAUAUGAUUGUAGUGGGAUAUUAACUCAUUCUGGUGGUCCAUAUGGUGAAAACUUGGCUAUUGGGUACUCCACUGAUGGUGCUACAGAAGCUUGGUACGAUGAAGGAAAUAAUUUUCCAUAUGGUACUGAAACUGAAUAUAAUCAUUUUACUCAGAUGAUAUGGAAUAGUUCAACUUCUUUAGGCUGCGCCUACAAAUACUGUAAUCCUACAUGGGGAACAUAUAUCAUAUGUUCAUAUUAUCCAGCUGGGAAUAUAAUAGGGUAUGAAUCCAACAAUGUA